ACAAGUGGGGACAGUUUGAAAUUGAAGCGGGUGAAGGCGGAAGGGACGAAGGGAAAAUAAUAAACAAAAGUAGCUCGGUUUGCUUGAACACAGCUCAGGUUUUAUUCAAAUGGAUUCAUUUUCACUUUUAAACUGCAUACUGAGGUGUACCCGCGUCCGUUUAUCGUGUUUUUCAUGUCGUUUACUGUUUUUGUAGUUAAAGUAACCCGAGUGGAGUUGCCGUUAGCUAACGUUGAUCCAUAAGCUAGUUUUAACCGUUUUGUUUUUAGCAGCCGACUAAUUUACCAUGUCGUUGUUUAGUGUGCAAGCGAGGAAGCACACAGCGUACUAUGACCAUCUAAUGUCGACAUCGACCUCCAGGACACCGCGCCCGUCGGAGCGGAAAGCAACAGACUCAACGCUGGGCAAGAGUGACAUAACAUCGGGAGACUCUGCGUGUGAAGACAGCAGAUCAUGUGAUAAGAGCAGACAGGUAAACAGAACUUAUGUCGUCUCUGCACUGUCAAAAAGCGGCAGUGGGCAGCAGACCCCUUACCGUGGUCGCCUCACCCUUCAGAGGAGGUCAAGGAGAAAAACCGGGGCUGACACUACGGAGAAAACGAUGGUUGAAAGCAGUCAGAACACCACCCCAGCUCCGGAGAAGAGACUGACCCUGCAGCGUAGGACCAGGACUCCUUCAAUGGAUAAAAGCGCACAGGUGCAGCGUGGGGUCAGCGGUGCCAACGCGCAUCCAACACCGAAAAUCCUCAGUGAACCAAACGGUAGGACACCCGGUUUAUUCCGCUCAAUGAGUUUGAGAGAAACGGCCUCAAAGAGCAAAGGAAAAGAGACGGCUGCUCAUGCGGAAACCUCGGGGAGGCUGGCGCACGGCAAGACGCCAUCCUCUUCCUCAGCGUCCUCCACAGGUAGGCAGCUAGAGGACCAGGCCCAAACAUUUAAAACCCCGACCAAAAAGACCCCGUUUGAGAGAAUCGCCGCCAAGAGAGACGUUUUUGAAAGGCUGGCAGUGAAAGAAGCUCCUAAACCAGUGGCAGUAAAAUCUGCAACUCUAGAGAGGUCAAAAUCCCGAGUACAGCAAACAGCAGAGGACAUUAAGCCUGUCCCAGCUCCUCGGAUCAGCAAGGUGUCAGCAGGUGUUCACAAACCUAACGCCGCGCCGCAGGUGAGGAAGACUUCCACCGCUUUGUCGUCAAGCCUAAAAGGAGACGUGACCAGGAGCUCCACUCCUGCUCCAGGACCUUCUGAGCAGUUCCUGUCCCGUCCCAGCGAGGCUCUGAAGCAGCAGGAUUUAUUUAAGAUGGAAAACAGUGCAGUGACUGUUGCAGUCCGUGUCCGCCCUUUCAAUGACAGGGAGAAGGCAGAAAAGGCAUCACAAGUCAUCUUCAUGAAUGGACAGGAGACUGUUGUCCAGCAUCCUGUCUCCAAACAGAACUACUCCUUCAUCUAUGACUUCUCCCUCUGCUCGGUGGAUAAGAGCGACCCUGCCUUCGUCAGCCAGCAGACGGUGUACGAGACACUGGCCAAACCUCUGCUACUGAGGGCCUUCGAAGGAUUCAACACCUGCCUGUUUGCUUACGGCCAAACAGGCUCUGGUAAAUCUUAUACGAUGAUGGGCUUUGGAGAAGAGGCAGGGGUAAUCCCGCGGUUCUGUCAGGAACUUUUUUCCAGACUGGCUUCCAUGGAAAACGAAGAGGUCAAAUGUCAUGUAGAGAUGAGCUUCUUUGAAGUGUACAAUGAGAAGAUCCAUGACCUCCUGGUGACCAGAGAUGACCCAAACCAGAAGAGGAUGCCUCUGAGAGUGAGGGAACAUCCAGUCCACGGUCCUUAUGUUGCGGAUCUCUCUGCGAAUGUUGUGAGCUCCUACAGUGACAUUCAGGGAUGGCUGGAGCUGGGAAACAAGCAGAGAGCCACAGCAGCCACAGGAAUGAACGACAAGAGCUCCAGAUCUCACUCCGUCUUCACCCUUGUUAUGACCCAGACCAAGACAGAGUUUGUGGAGGGAGAGGAACAUGACCACAGUAUCACCAGCAGGAUCAACUUGGUGGACCUGGCAGGCAGCGAACGUUGUAACUCAGCUCAGACAAGCGGAGAGCGACUCAGGGAGGGCGCUAGCAUCAACAAAUCCCUGCUUACCCUUGGAAAGGUCAUCUCUGCCUUAUCAGAACAGGUGCUGACCAGGAAGAAGGUCUUUAUACCGUACAGAGAGUCUGUCCUUACAUGGCUGUUAAAAGAGAGCAUUGGGGGUAACUCCAAGACGGCCAUGAUUGCCACACUGAGCCCAGCAGGCAGCAAUGUGGAGGAAAGCCUCAGCACCCUGCGCUACGCCCAGCAGGCCCGCACAAUCAUUAACAUCGCCAAGGUCAAUGAGGACACCAAUGCCAAGCUCAUCAGAGAGCUCAAGGCAGAGGUGGAGAAGCUGCGAGCGGCUCAGACGAGCUCUCAGGGCAUCGAACCAGAGAGGGUCAGGCUGUUCCAGCAGGAGAUCACUGCCUUGAGGAACAAACUCUGUCAGCAAGAGAGAGAAAUGGUCGAAGCCAACCGGGCAUGGAGAGAGAAACUGGAAAAAGCUGAAAUUCGCAAACGUGAAGAGACCAAAGAGCUGCAGAAAUCAGGUGUGACAUUUAAAGUGGACAACCGUCUUCCCAACCUGGUGAACCUGAACGAGGAUCCCCAGCUGUCUGAAAUGCUUCUCUACAUGAUCAAAGAGGGUCGAACCACAGUUGGCAAACUCAAGUCUGACUCCACCCAUGACAUCCAGCUGACAGGAGCCCUCAUCGCUGACCAACACUGUAUUAUAACCAACAUCCAGGGUACUGUCAGCAUCACUCCCAUGGAAGACGCCAAGACCUUUGUUAAUGGAAACCUAAUGUCUGAAUCCACUGUCCUACACCAUGGUGACAGAGUGAUUCUUGGUGGAGACCACUACUUCCGUUUCAACCAUCCAGCAGAGGUGCAGUCUGGGAAACGGGGUUCAUGCUGGACAGGUGCAGGCGACGGCCACAAAGACUUUGAAUUUGCCAAAAAUGAGCUGCUCGCAGCUCAAAGAGCUCAGCUGGAGGCAGAAAUUGAAGAAGCCCAUGUGAAGGCGAAAGAAGAGAUGAUGCAGGGAAUCCAGAUGGCCAAAGAGGUGGCCCAGAAGGAGCUGCAUGACCAGAAGGCACUUUUUGAAGAGAAGAUCCGAGCCCUGGAGAAAGAGCUGAACGAGGAAAAUGAGCGGAAGCGUCUCCACAAGCUAGACCAACAGAGGGUGGCCAGCCAGAUGGUGGAGCUGAAGAUAGCCAAGCAAGAGCUGGAGCAGGAGGUGGACACCCACAAGAAACGCCUCCGCCUGCACAUGGAGACCCAGGUGAUGGAGGAACACCGUGUGUGUCAAGCAAGGAUUGUCGAGGCCCUGGAGGCGGAGAAGAGAAAAAUCAGCAAAGAGCUGGAGGAGAUGCAGAAGAGAAGAGCCGUAAGGGAAAUUCAGACUCCUAGAAAUGCCUCUCCACAGUGGGAUGCCAUGAAGCUGUCCUUGAUGAUUGAGGAAGCAAAUAAGAUCAGUGCUAAACUGAAGAAAAACACAGUCUUUAGCAGACAUGAAAGCUCUGAUGAUGAGAACCUGGAGCAAGGAGGUGUGCUACAGGUGCGGGUUCAAAACAUGAAGCUGGGGAUCUCCACUUUCUGGAGCCUGGACAAGUUCCAGAACAACAUGGCUGCCAUGAGAGAGCUGGAGCAGGGGGAUUCCACCUCUAAAGAUGACGAUGUGUUUUAUGACCCUGAUGAUGAGUGGGAGCAAGAUAUAUCGGCCUCCUCCGCUUCCACCUCCUCCUUCUCACGCCGAAGGAGCAGAAGUUUGUUGAAGAGCAGGAGAAUCUCAGGGCGCCUCUAUGAGAUCCGUGUCCAUCCGAUUCAGAGCCUCCACAACGGCUCCUCACAGUCUGCUGGGUUGAUGGGUGUGGCCAAACCGCCCUCCACACGUUCCAGCACCACAGACUCUACCAUGCCAGGCAUCUGCAAGGAGCUGGUUGGCCAAUCAGUGGCCCGUCUGCGUGGUUGUAGUGGCACAGAGGAGAGCAUGGCAGACAGGUUAGCCUCUGAUCUGCACCUGGUGUAUGUGGCAGUCCAAACCAUAUCUGACCUGUACGACAAUCUGGAUGAUGACAGUCAGGAGAACGUGUUUGUGUGUAAUUUGGUGGCUCAGACUCAGCUUAUCAAGGCCACCACAGCCAUAGAGAGUGCAGUGUUUGUUAUGAUGCAAUGGUUAGCCAUUGUGAAACCUUCCUCCGGCCUACUCUACACCGUUGCUGAGGAACUCAAGAGCCAAGUCAAGAAGAUGGGAGGAUUCUUCCAGCUGCUCAUUCAGGGUUGUGAAUCUGAGAUCACGUCAAUGGUUACAGAGGCAAGGAGGAAGAGCAGUCGUUGCCUGGACGCAGCAUUGCUUGCACUUGGCCACCUGGCGGCGGUGACAGGCAUGCCGCUGAAUGCUAUGGAGCUGGGUGGCCAGGCCACAGGCAAGCCAUCGGUGGUCAUGUCUCAUGACUCAUGUCUGCUGAAGGGAACCAAUAAAGGUGUCCGCUCUCUCGUAGAGGAGAGCCUCACCAUCUCCAGAGAAAUGCUGAGAGAGGCUCAGCUGUCCUAUCCCAGGAACCCAGUUCUGCAGUGCCUGAAAUCCAAGACGCUUGAUUUAGCACGUGCUCUGCAGAGUUACAUGUAUUGCCAUGUUACGGAGAAAGAGAAUGACCUGGAGGAAGGGGAGGAGGACGCCUCAGCUUCCAAUUUGCAGAAAUUGAGAACUACAGUGACCAUGUUAUUCCAGCUUAAUCAGGCCAUCAGACAGCUGCAUUCCUCCUUGUCUACCACCCUGCGAGGUAAAGACAGAGACUCCAACCUCAGCAGCAGCAGAGAGCUGAUCUCCUCCUCUGCCAAGGCUGUUGACGAGCUUAUCACUGGUCUGUCCGAGGAGGGAGCGGCGACGCUGUCCCUGCAGCUUCCCUGUCUUCAGACCGUCGUGGCUGCACGAGACGAGCUCCACUCUGCUCUGCAGUCCCUGUCCUCCUCUUGGAACCAAGAGGAGGCGGAAGAGAGCAGAAGCUCCACCGCUUCAGACAAGAGUACAGAAGAUGAAUUGUUAACCAAAGAAAGUGCUGCCUCUCGCAGUGCUGUUAGACAUCGAGUUGUUAGUAAGAUUGUGUAUUCCCUCCCUUCAGGUGUGUCGCCCAGUGGCAGCCCGCACUGGGUGUGAUGUGUAGAUUUAUACAUCAUGUAGGACUUACUGUAAAAAUGAACUACUGACUUGGAGAACACGUUGCCUCCUGCUGGUAAUAACAAGCGGGUUUUUUUUAUAUGCUCCAGUACCUCCAACCCGGCCUCAGAGGCAGAAAACACUGUGGUCUGCUUUUGUGUUUCCAUCCAAGUUGUUAAAAAAAUCUGUUAUAUACACACUCAUACAAUCAACUCUGCGUACUGCUUAAAAAAAUCAGUUAUAUUCACACUCAUACAAUCAACUCUGCAUGCUGCAUAUGAGCAAUCCACAUAUUUGUACGGGUAUUAUGUGGACGCAACCAUUCCUAUAAUCGUGUCACUUCCGAUAUGAUGUAAACAUAGCAUUAUUGUAGAGAUGUAGCUGCGGUUGUACGGUAAGAAUUUGCUUUUCAGCGCUUUAAAGAUAUUUUUGGCACACACAUAUGAGUAAAAACUUCAGUCACCACAAAAUUUAAAAUUCAUGAAGGAUAAUUAUAAUUAGGAUGAGUAAUUGACUGUAAGGAGAAAGUUCACUUAUGUUGUAACAGGCCUUCUCUGUUGUAUUAUAUUUUUCUGGCCACUAAAUUAUUCUAUUACAUUUUUUUCAAACAUAUAAUAGUAUCUGAGGUACAUUUGCUGUAAAAAUUAACAAAAGUUUGUCCAUAUUGCUUGCUGUUUUCUUUCUUGUUUUUCUUUUGUAUGCUGUAUAACACAUAUUGUAACAAUUUGCACUCAGGA